AUGACGGCCAUCGGGGCGCAGGUGCAGCAGCUGCUGGCACACCGGAGACCACAGAAAUCCUUCUUCGAGACGCUCAUCAGGAGCCUGAUCAUCCUGUGCGUGGCCAUAGCCGUGGUCUUGUCGUCCAUCUCCAUCUGCGAUGGCCGCUGGCUCUUUGCGAGGGGGCAGCUCUUCGGACUGUGGCACUUCUGCACCCUCGGCAACGACAGCGUCCUGAGGUGUGUCACGGACCUCAGGCUGGCCCAGGUGGAGGGGCUGAGCGUGGGGGUGAUUCCCAUCAGGAGCAUGGUGUCCUUCGCUGUCGUGGUUGCCAUAUUUGGGUUGGAGCUGCUGAUGGUGUCCCAAGUCUGCGAUGAUGCCAACGCAAGGCGGAAAUGGGCAAUGGGUUCUGUUCUCAUCCUCGUCUCUUUUUUGCUGUCAGCCACCGGUGUUCUGAGCUUCUCCAUCCUGGUGAAGGAUCACCUCACCUUCACAGGCUUCACGCUGACAUACUGGUGUGAGUUCAUUGCUGCCUUCCUCUUCUUCCUUAACGGAAUCAGCGGACUUCACAUCAACAGCCUCACGCACCUCAGGAGUGGGGUAGGCAAAAUCUAGGCACAAAGGAUCUACCUCUGCCUUUGUGUAAUCAGCUUUGCCAAUUAGACUGGAAGAAAGAGAGUCUAAUGAAGUUUGAAACGGAUGCCCUGUCUUAAUUUGUGUGCAAGGAGGGGAAGCGUGAGUCAGUCUUGGUGCCUGUAGAAGUUGUACCCACCCACUGGUCAGCGUGGAGAGCUGAGCAGCACCAGCCAAGCAGAGACUGGGACUGGCUGCUCCUGCAGUAUGGUUUUCUGGAGAAGUGGAUCAAAGCAGAGGGUGUCCUCCUAAACAUGCAGAGAUCUGGAAGACUGCAAUCUAUCCCACAUGUUGACCUGAGGCUUGCACAACACUGGCACUGCUGUGGAUUUGGUGUUGCUGUGCUUUUCCUCGUAUUCUGGAGCCUGUGAAGAGUGUGAUACAGCUUUGGUGUGUCUCAUGGGUUUGUUUUGCCUCAGGGACAGAUGAUUUCUGCCUGGCCAUGCUCACUGGUGUUGAGCACUGAAACUCUUCACUGGAUCCUGCUUCUUCAUUUUUCUUUCAAAAGAGAAGGCACACAGAACUUGAUCUGGUCACAGGUUUUG